GGUUAAGCUAUAUGUUACUUUUGGGGGGGGACUGUUCUAAACGUUGCCAGCUUAAAGGAAAAGCAAGGGUCCGCCACUGCCGCCCAAUCCAGAUCGGGCUCGAUGAAAACCCGCCUCCUCCUUCCCUGUGCUCGCGCGUUUGUCUGAGAGUCGCGCGCGCGCGCUCAGCAUUGCACCUCGUUCCAUGUACGUCUGUGGGUGUGAGCCGCGCUACUGCGCGUUCCAUGCCACUGAAAAGCGAUGGCUUUGGAGACCCGGAGCGAGGAUUAUCUAUGCUGAACGCAUUUUGGCGCUAGGACCCAGGAGAAAGUGAGGAAGCGGCUGAGGCCCAGGUGGGAGGAGUUAACAGGGCGCUCUCGAUGGAUCCUGAACAUCCUCUGUCGAGUCGCCGUUUGCUCAGCCCAGCAGAGCUGCUGGCAGCUCGCGCACGUGAUCACAAGGUCCCUCAGCGCUCACAUGGCCAGAAGGAUUUCAUCCCCGAUGGAUCAGAAGAACAAGAGGAGAGGCUGCAACAGUGCCGGGAAGAGCACUGGCAGCUUUUGGAGGAAGAACGUGUGGAGCGGUUGUAUGUUGUAGUAGUAGUAGUAGUGCAGAGGGGAAGUCUGGUGAAAGCUGAGUGGAAGCCUCAGGAAGGUAUCGUAGAACUGAAAUCCCCUGCUGGGAAAUUCUGGCAAACAAUGGGGUUUGCAGAGCUCGGAAAGCAGUGCCUGCAGCCAGAGGAAGCCCUGUAUCUCCUGGAAUGUGGAUCUGUUCAGCUGUUCUACAGAGACUUGCCUUUGUCAGUCCAGGAAGCCUAUGAGAAUCUGCUAUCUCAGAAGUCAGUGAGCCUGCUGAUGUACCAGGUGUUCAGUCACUUGAAGAGACUGGGUUACAUCGUUCUGAGAUUCUGUCCCAGCACUGUUCCAACACCUUAUGAGAGGCAGCUGAACUUCGAUAGCCACUACCAGAGUACAGAGAGAAGCCGCCGUAAGAGGAAAAGGAGCUCCAGCCCUUGGUUGCAACAAGACAAAAAAUCCAAGGCAUCUGAGAAAUCGCAGGAAUGCAAAGAAUCGCCCAAAAAGGCCAGGAGGCAUCACGAGAGUUCCAGCCACCCAGCCUUGGAUGAUUCAUCCGAGGAAAGAACAAAAGCUUUGGAUCCUAACAUUGCAGCUGGGGAGCCAGCCCCAUCUUCCAGUGUCACAAAAGAAUGUAAUGAAACUCCAGCUUGUGCUCAAGAUCACAGUGAAAGAUCUAGCAAGACCUUUCGUGGGAGCUACGACAGUGUCCAUCCCUCCCGCUGGGAUUACACCACCAUUAUAUUCCCCAACAUGGGUGCUGAUUGCCCGCACACCCUCCUGGCAGAGCCUGAUAAGAGGCUCCUCCCAGAGAAUGUAAUGGCACCGGAGGUUGAUGUGGCCUGUUGGUGCAGGAAGCUCAACCAGAAGCAAGAGAGGUUGACGCGCAAGGAGCGGGAGCAGCUGAAGUGGGAGCGCAGGUACAAAAGCAGUGUCAAUGAGGAUAAAGAAGUCCAGCGCUGCUCCACAUGGCAAGAGUAUAAGGCACUUCUGAAAGAGAGGAGAGAGUGGCAGGAAUGGAACUGCCCUGCACACCUCUGGGAACAGGCAGUCACCCCACUUGUGAAGCCAAACCAAGGUCUUUCAACAGCCAAUGUCCUCCAACAGAUCAGUGUGUUCCAGUCCUCCCAAAUCCUGGAUGAGGCAUCUCGACUGCAGAACAAUUCCAGAGACAUGAAGAUAGAUUUUGAUGUGUACCAAGCAGAUGCAGCUUCUAGCUUUAAGAAGAACAACCCUGGGAAGCCAUAUGUCCGGAUGUGUGUUCGGAGGUUUGAUGAGCCAAUCCCGUCCCUGAGGGCAGUGAAGCAGCUUUCUUACCAAAGUGGAGACGUCCCAGUGGUCUUUGCACUAGUAGACAAUGGAGACAUCACUUUCUACUCUUUUAAGGAGUUCAAGCUGCCUAUUGAUGUUCAUCACUGAUAUUGCUGUUGCCACAUGGCAAAACAUAUUUGGGACUGGUUUGUGUUUUAUAGAAAAUAUUACUCAGGACUUGACUUCUGAUUUAUUCACUUGAAUACUAUAUAGAAUCUCUGACUGUCUACAUCGGGUCACCAAUGAAUGCAGAUUUCAUGCAGCAAGAACCUGCUCAUUCAUAAAAGCAAAGAGCAGUUAAAACAAAACAAAAAAUUCUGGGCAGAAACCCACAACUGCAUUUUGUUUUGUUCUUUAUUUGGUGCCAGGAGAGCGUUUCCAUAAAGAAUAAUCUAGUUUACACCAGCUGGAAGGUAUGGCACAUAUAAACAAUAAAAGCUGACAUUCAGUAUCAGUGAUCCACCAAGUAACAUGGAACAAGCCAUUAUUGCAGGGGUAGCCAACGUAGUGCCUUCCUGAUCUUGUUGGAAUACAGCCCCCCCUGAAUAUUGCCUUUGAUGGCUGGGACAGAUGGGAGAUUUAGUCCAACAUCUAGAGGGCACCAUGUUGGCUGUCCCUGCAUUAUUACCUGAUUAUUUUUUCUAGUCGCAGAGCAGCCAGUGAAAACCUGAGGAUAGUCUCCUGUUGCUGGACACAUUUUUUUCCCUUCAACCGCAGUGAUCUACCAGAGGAAAGGAAACUGCAAAAUGCUGAGAUCUUGCAGAAUCCAUGGAAAUACACCACCACUUGUUUGUGUGUGAUAUUUCCACAAAGUGAGUGAACCUUCAAUUACUCGGGGCUUGAGUCAUCAUGACCAGACUGCCGUGCUUCUGCUUUCCAGCCCCUCUUCUGGAUGCAGCUUGAUGUUCCACGUUGAGAAUUACUGUCUGUAUCACUAAGUUUAUUUAUAACCUUUGCUACCAUGGAGAUUUUUUUUCUUCAGAUACCAAAUUUCUGUCUUUUUCUGUGCUGUGAACUUGCUACGGUAGUUGGAGCCAGAAAGGAGUAAUAUCAAAAAAUGAAGGGACUGGGUUUUUUUACUAAGAAAUUUUAGAGGCAGUUUUGGGUGAUUGCCGAGUGUGGAAAUUAAAGCAAUAAAAUAACUCUUUUUGUGUGUUAA